GGGCUCGGCCGUUGUUGUGAAUGAGGGCCAGCAUGACGUCAGGAAGCCAAUGUCAACAAUGCAGCUCCUGGAGGAGAAAAGGCGUUUCAUCCUAACACACACACACACACACACACACACACACUGAGGACCUGUCUACCACACACCGACUGAUGCCUACGGUCCAUUAAAAGCAGCAGUUCGGAGGGCUGCGGAGAUAACACACAAUGUGGACUCACUCUUACUUCUGAGGAACGCAAACGAGCAGGAAAAACGGAGUGCUAAGGGGAGUGAUGUCGGCAAGCGAGGAGCAGGACGGUGAGGCGGCAGCGCCCGUGUACGUGUAUGAAUCAAAGGUCCACUGUGCUAACGUGCUGUUAAGCCUGGAGGAGCAGCGGCGGCAGGGCAUCCUUUGUGAUGUGACUGUACUGGUGGAGGGCAGGGAGGUGCGUGCGCACAGGGCAGUCCUCGCUGCCAGUAGCCGCUACUUCCUGCAAGCCCUUCUGGGGCACAACACACUGCCGGGCGAAGCAGAGCCCAUCAUUAACCUGCCAGACAAGGUGACAGCUAAGGGUUUUGCUCCACUGCUCCAGUUUGCCUACACAGCCAAGCUGGUUUUAAGUCGGGAGAACAUCCAUGAGGUCAUCCUGUGCGCUGACUUCCUGGGUGUUCACAAUUUGGAGGACUCUUGCUUUCGGUUCCUUCAAGAACAGCUGCAGAAUGACAGCCAACAUGCCAGUAAUGGCAAGCUGGAAUAUGACGACGACAUCACGGCCAAGGAUACAGUGUUUUCUGAAGCAAUAUCCUUGGAUGAUUCUGCUGAAGCAAGGCAUCAUGUAGCAAGCACUACGCCACUUCCCACUGACCUUCCUCAAUGCCCUAAAUAUAGAAAAUAUCACUAUCAGAUCUGUGACAACAAGCUCAAUGGAGAAAACCAUCAUGGCAGUGAUGAUGUCAUUUUGGCCAAUCAUACCUCAGUCAGCCCUGUGAGCUCACAGCUUGCAGACAGCAGUGCUGCUCCACAAACUCUACUUACACCCUCCAGAAUCAAAGAGGAACCCUUUGUGUUUGAGGAAGGAGAUGAAAGCAAUGGUUGCAACCCAGAGCUGUGUACUGAGGAAGUACUGGAGAUGGAGCUAGAGGUAGAAGGGGUUCCAGUAGCAGCUGAGCACUCGCCAAGCCAAGGCUCACCCUCUUCCUGUCUGCGCUCCUACCUCCAGAGAGGUGGCCUGGAUCUCAGCAGUGUGCCCAGCACCACCAUCCAGCAGCUACUCAGCAACAGACUAUCCCUCAACCACUACAGGGAACUGGUCAAGGACAGGCAGAGGGACAAGAGGGAAUCUCUCGGUCAAGUGGACCUCAAGACCGGCAUUGCAGAUGUAAUACCAGCAACACUAACUGGCAUUGGUGGGAAUAUGGAGAGGCCAGUGUCAAAAGCCUCCUCCUCUAAACAUGAAGUGGAGCUUGACAGACGGAGUGUCAUUUUCUCUUCAGCAGCUGGCGAGCAGCAAAUGUUGACCCAUUCUUACUUGGAUGAGAAAUUCAGAGAAAAAGUCUCAAGCCUAAAGCAGGCGGAGCCUCUUUCCUCUGGUCGGUCAUGCCUCACCACCAGCUGCCCUGUCCCCAUCAAGACAUCAGCCCAGUCUCCUCCCUUUGAGCCCCGAACCCAGACUUCCAGCUCCCGUUCUUCACUUUCUUACCCAGAGGAUGCAGGAAGUAGUAGCUCACCUUCCAGCCUGCCCCAGUUUGACUUCUCCUCAUCCCCACACUCAGGCUCCAUCUCUGGACUGUCUCACUGCCUGGCUGGGGUGGUGGAGCAGAGGAACCCUCGCAGCAGAGAGGCGGUCUUCUCUCCAGGUUGCACCAAUGUAAAAAGUGAACGAGGAUUCAGUGCCAGUGGUGGCAAUUCCAGUGAUGAAUCAGGUUCUUUCUCAGAGGGAGACAGUGAAAGUGGGAUCUCCAGAGUCUCUGGUCUUGAGGUAAAGCUGCCUUUCCCCGUGGACCAGAUCACCAACCUGCCACGCAAUGACUUCCAGAUCCUCAUCAAGAUGCACAAGCUGAGCUCAGAGCAGCUGGAGUUCAUCCACGACAUUCGCCGCCGCAGCAAAAACCGCAUCGCCGCCCAGCGCUGCCGCAAGAGGAAGCUGGACUGCAUCCAGAACUUGGAGAGUGAGAUCCGCAAACUGGUGUGUGAGAAGGAGAAGCUGCUGAGCGAACGCAACCAGCUCAAGGUCUGUAUGUCUGAGCUGUGGCAGAACCUCUCCUUCCUCUCCCAGCAAGUGUGCAGGGACGUCCAGGGCAGCCAGCCGCCUCCCGUCACCGCCAGCAUCGACCUCACAUCCAUACCGCCGUCGCCUUCCUCUGACGGCGUCUUAUCCCAGCCCAGGUCACCUGUGUCACAACAAAGUGAGGCUGCGUAUCUGUCUGAUGUGGGUCUCAGUCAGGGGGGGGAGGAUAGGCAAUGUGGGGUGGAGGUGUCAGGUCUGGGGCAGGAGAACACAGAGUGUCCACUGGUGCACGAAUCCACUGAGGAAAUAUGUAGCCCCACUGUCACAGUGGAUUUCUGUCAGGAAAUGACUGAGAAAUGCACGACAGAGGAACAGAACAGACAGAACUGUACUUAGAGUCCGGUGGCAAACAGUUUGGUCUGUGACACACUUGUCUUGUCUAUAACUUGAUAUUUGAAGUAUUUUUUUUCUUUUUUUGUAAUGGAUGACACAAGCAUUAUCUUAUCAGCAAUACUGUUCAACAGAUAUUUUUAGACUGGUAUAAAACAAAAGCACUGGCAGCUUUCUCUCUCUCUCUUUCUCUGUCUAUCGUCCUGACUUUUUCUUCCUGUCAGCUUCCCCAGCUCUCUCGUGCAUCACGGGAGGUUAAACUCAGGAAUUCCACAGAAUGUUCGGUAAUGUCCCUGUUAACGUGUACAUGCACUUUACCUUAGAGUCCUGUCUAAACUUUUCUAAUUACUUGGGUACAGAGAACUGAUUUCCAGUAAACAAUUUGUAUCUGACCACGUCUGGCUGACUGAGGGAUGUAGUUAAACAUUUUGGCAGACAUUCUUAUUUUCUGUCUUUCUGAGAGUGAGAUGAAAAGAUUUAUUCUACCCUCAUGUCUGUGUGUUAAGUACAGAGCUUGAGUCAGAACAAGGUUAGCCUAGGUUAGCACAAUGACUGAAUUUGAAUUUGUGAUUUUUGCUAGAGUGCUGGAACUAUGGUAUUUCUUGACAAACCUAGCACACACUAUUACUAGCAGUUAUGGUGGACCUGCAGCCUCUGAAUCUGUUAACACUGCUUUGAUUCUUUUCACCAAGAGGGAGAUGUAGCAGACAAAAUCUCUGACAAGGAAAUACAAUUAGGAACCUAAUGUCAACAUAUUUUCAUUCCACUCUGCCACUUAUAAUCAUGGCCUGAACAAUAUGAUGUGAACAUGGCACAAGACCUCAGAAAGCUGUGCACUGUCACUGUGCCAACAUCUAGCAAACCUGCUGGUUGUUUUUUUUUUUUUUUGCUUCUGUUUGUGUACAAAUUAAAGACAGGAGAUGCAACAUGUUAAUUUGUCAGCUUUAGAGGUCUUCUUAACCAGGUCCAGACUCUAUGUCUGUACUUUAUACGCACGUUCUCAUCUCACUCUAAAAAGGAAAACAAACAUAGGCUGUAUUCCCCAAAAUGUUGGACUAAUACUUUAGAUAAUUCAGUGCAUGGUACAAUGUCAGACAACUUACAUUUUGUGAUAUGACUUGACAUUUCAAGUGAUCCAGUAACUGUUGAGUGACACAGGACUUUAAAGUAAAAUGUUACCAAAGGUGUGUAUUUGUAAAAUUUUACAUCAGAUGAAAUGCUCAAAUGAAUUCUCAUUAUGCAAAACUUCAUUUGAAAACCUUCACUUUUACUUUCUCUUGUACUCAGAUGGACGUUUCUACACAUUUCUCUUCUGCCUUUUUUCAUAUCUGUGCUAAGAGAUAGAACAUUACAAAACUGAAGCACUGCCCAGUACCUCCAAGAGGUGACACCUGGCACUAAUUAAGAGCAAACAUGUCCAAAUAGGUUAGGACCACACCAGUAACAACUUAUAUUUCUGCUGACUGAUUUUCCAAAGCAUACUGCAAUGGUUUUCAGUUGAUUUCUGUUUGGUAUGAAAAUCAAUGUGGAAAAGCUGAAAGCUGCUUGAGCCUGAUUAUUGCAUCAUUUCUGCUUUUGUUGUUGUUACAUACAUGAUGGUCAAACUGGGUGAUGCUUUAUUUUUACAGGUUCCUGUAGUUUCCCAAGCAUUUCCUAACAAGGAGCUGAAAAGUUCCUAGAAAGAAAUAUGUAAUUUAGUGACAGUUAUAGUGGAAAUGGAGACACAGUCUAUUCUGUGCUCUUUCUUAGAAUUUUAAUUAAUUGGUACUGUGACCUUUCUUUACUGAAGCAAACAAAAACAGUAAAACAUAGUUAUUUUCCAGACAUUGUGAUCUUAGCAGGUCUAAUAAGGAAACACCUCUGGAAAUUAAAAAUUGCCUAGAGAGUUUGUCAAUAUAUGUUACUAUUGCUGUACAGAAUUUCCUGCUUCUUUCUAAAAAAAUUAUUAUUAUUAUUCAUAUACUCAUUAUAGAGGAACGACAGGUCCUGUUAAAUUAGGUGUUCCCUGAAACUGUAACAGAAGGUUGACUUAAUAAGUCUGUACAUUAGAACUAAAAUACUAAAAUGGUAAACAAAUAAGAUGAAUAUCAGAAAUGAUGUAUGUGAAAUAAGUGAUGGAUCGCUCAUGUGAAGCAGCUUUCCUAUUUGAUUUACAGUGGUUCAGAAAGUAGAUGCCAUCAUUUUCUGCAAUAAUUUUGAAUUGAUAAAAUUGCCAUUUUUGCCCAUCAAUAACCCAUAAUGAAAGAUGUUUUUAGAAAUUUUUGCAAAUUUAUUAAGAAUCUAAAACUGAACUCUCUCUUUGGUAAAAAGGUAUUCCAAAUUAUAGUCAGGUGCAUCCUUUUUGUUUUAAUUAUCCUUGAGAUGAGUCUAGAAUUUGAUUGGAGUCCACCUGUAACAAAAUGAAUUGAUGGGACAAACAUUACAAACUGUGUCUAAGGUCUCACAGUUCACGAUGCAAAACCAAGACAUGAAGACCAGGGAACUCUUGGUAGGCGUACAGUGUAAUGCCUAUACAACAAUGACGCCAUCAUAGUUUAGACUGCUUCCCUAGCCUCACUUUCACUAUGCAAUUCUGUCUACCACCUGGUGUGAAAAAUGUAGGCUCAAAAGAAGUGCACCUACUACUGCAACCAGAACACAAAGAGGACUAGCUAACGGUAGUUUUCUUCAGGCAGUUGAAAUGGCAGAUGGUGGAACAACCAGAGUAACCAACUCUACCCAGCAAAAGAAAAAGAGCCUCGUUGUCGGAGGAGGCAAAGAAGGUGAAGAGGGAGAGUGAUAGAAACCGUAGUACAACAAGAGUGAACCUCAGAUAGGUCUUCACAUGGAGAGAGCUAUGGUUGGACUGGGACAGAAAUUCAGCCCAGGACUUUUCCUCUGGGUUUGACUCUAUGGAUUUUUUUUUACUGUCCACCAGGAUUUGUCCCGGUAGAGUCUAUGGCCAGAAUGACAAUGGAGAGAGCUCUGGGACUGGAGAGGGCCAGUCUGCAUUAUUUAAGUAUCAAGACCUGCCCACUUAUUAAUACAACAGGGUGCUUUACUCUGCCUUUAUCACAGCUCUGAGAUCAGGGUUUCCAUGUCAAGCUGGGAUUCUUGCAGUUGUCCCUUGCUUUGGACAGUAGCCAGGUUGGUAGUGGUAGCCAUGUUGCUAAUGCUACCACAGAAACAGUUGCCUCAUCAUCUGUUUUAUAAUCUAAGUAAAUAACAUGUUUGACCUUUCUAAAAUGAGCAGUGAUUAAACUAACUAUGUUCCUUUUUACAACAACGCCAACAUUAAUACCACUUGGAAACACUAGGGGGAAAUCUAAUGCCACUGUAAAUGAGCACAGAGGUUUGACAAAAGUUAAACCCUUUGAUCAGAACUGCCAAACACCGUCUGGCAAACAACAGACCCUGCUCAUUAUCUGGCUUAUACCAUCCCUGUGGUGAAGCAUGGUGGUGGCAGCAUCAGGCUAUGAGGGAGCUUCUCAGCAGCAGGGACAGGUAGACUGGUCAGAACUGAAGGAAGAAUGAAUGCAGCCAAAUACAGAGAGGUCGCUACUCCAGAGUGAACAUGACCUGAGACUGGGGAGACAGUUCAUCUCUCAGCACAACAAUGACCUGAAGACAACACUGGACUGUCUUCAGGACACUUUCCCUGAGUGACUCAGCCAAAACCCAGACUUUAAACCCCACAGAACGUCUGUGGAGAGACCUGAUGAUGACAGUUCACAGACACUUCCCAUCCAAUCUGACAGAGCUUUAGAGGAUCUUUCAGAAAGAAUGAGAUACACUGCCCAAAUCCAGUGUGGAACUUGAAGAGACUUGCCCAAGAGGACUUGAAGCUGUAACUGCUGCGAAAGGAGCUUCUACAGAAUACUGAUAUAAGGGUCUCAAUACUAAAGAGUACAUGAGAGAGUUCAGUUUUUUAUUUUACCAAAAAUUUGUGAAAACAUGUUUUCAUAUGGUCAGUAUAGAUUAUUGAGUGUAUACUGAUGGGCAAAAAUGGCAAUUUUAUCUGUUUCAAAUUAAUUCUACAACACAAUAAAGUGUGCAAAAAGAACUGAAUACUUUCUGAAGCUACUAUACAUAAUAUAUAUUAUUCUAUAGUGAAAUGAAUGGAAACCAAUACCUGCCUGGAGAGUAGGAAAAAAAGAUACUCAAAUCUAAAAUACUAUGUUAUGCUUUGGAAAAUUGAAGGUAGUAAUGUUAAGUAUACAUGAUCCAUUUUAAAUGGGGUAAAUCUUAAACACACUGGUCUGGUCAUUUAAACUACAGAUUAAACAAAUCAUAAGUGCUCUUUUUGACCCAUGUAUUUAUUGUCUUAAAAGUAGUAAGAAUUUAGUGUUUGUACUUAUGGCAAUCAUGUAUUUAGCUACACUGUUCUUGUAUUAUAGAUAAGACAAGUAUCCCUACUGAAAGUAUUUAGUAUAGUAUGUUGGUGUAAGACACCUACAUUUUCAAACUGAAAAAUCACAUGUAAAUUUGUUCAAAUCCUAAGCAAAACGAUCUGGUCCUACUUACAAAUCGGUAUCCCUAAUAGUGUAUGGUAUGAAGUUCAAAGUUCCAAACAAACACACUGGCGCAUUAUUGAUUUAGGGAGAUGCCAAAUUCAUCUGCUGUUGAAAAGUCAAUGGAGAGGCACGUGGCAGGGGUGAGUGCUGCUGCCGUCUGCUCUGUUGCUGCCCAACACUCUGUCAGCUUCACAGUGGAGCAUGUCCGAGGCAUCUGAAUUUAUUCUUUUAUCCAUCAGGGUUCACCUUUAGCGGAAGAAGGUCAAACUAGAAAUUUAAACAGCAGUUCACAUUUCACUGCGCUUGAUUUUUCAAAAAUUGGUUAAUGAGCCUAUAAAUAAAGAGCUGCUAUUUCUUUGUCUCAUUUUGUAAAUGUAAAGCUAUUCGUUUUGAAAAGAUUGGGAUAUUUAAAACCAGGUGGAUCAGUCAGUAAUCAGCAGCUUGACCAUGUUAGUUCUGGAAGGAAAAGAACUGAUCGUCACCACAGUGCUAACAAUGUCUCUGAUCUCACCCAUGAUAUCAACACAGGACUCUGUUAGCCAGUGAUCAUCUGUUUAGAAUGUACUAAAUGCUCAGAGAACACUGAAGAACACUGCUCAGCUGAUUUUCAUAGACUUUCAUUUCUUAAUGUGAACUUGUUCAUUUAUUUAUUUGGACUCUUGUUUGGGGGUGGGGGUUUGGGGUGCGGGUGAGGGAGGGUGGGGGUGCAUAGAGGAAAUUGCAUAGAUGUAAAAUGUAGGUCGCUACCCUUUCUUUGAAUGGAUUUGUUGAUGGCUGUAUUUUGUUAUUGUUGACAAUUUGAUGAUAAAAUAAGUCUUGAUUUACAAGUCACACAUGUACUUAACUUAAGUUGUAUUAAUAUUUUAACUUAA